AUGAUAUUCAUACUGAUUGUAUUUGUUAGUUAUACACUUGCAUAUCCACCUCCUGUAUUAGUAAAAGAUCCUAUUCAAAUUACUUCCAACUUAACAAAAGAAUUUAUUAUCCAAAACCAUAUGAAAUAUAGUAAUCACCCUAAAUACCAUCAUAUACCAAUGAUUGCUCAUGUAACUCGUUAUCAUGAAAGAAAUCCAAUUACAUUACCAAUAUUUGCACAUUUAUUUGAUGGGAUUGCAUUUGAUCAUAUUAUGAUUAAAACAAUUAAUAAUAUCAUCAGUGUAGUAGAUCAAAACCCAUACAAAAACAUUACUAUCCAAUCAAAGAAGAUUGCGAUUCUUAAAACAGAAAUGGAUUCUGUAGUAUUUUCCAUGGAAUUAUAUCAUAAAAUUCAAGAACAAAUAACAGGAUAUGAUGGUAUUUUAUUUGACUCAUCCAUCCCAAAGGAACUUACAAAACAAAUAAUCAAUUAUCUUCCACAAACAUUUUUAAAAUACAAAGUCAUUCCAUUAGGAGAAGAUGUUAUUCCAUAUCAAAGUCUUUGUGAUGCAGUAUUUAUUGAUACCCAAUAUUUUGAUCCAUCAUCUGUGGUAUAUCAACCAUUACAACCAAUGCCUUGGAUAGAAGAGCAAAUUUCAAAGCAUUUUGGAGGAAAUAAAAAAAAUGGUGGGUUUAUUGUUGAUUUUGAAGGGAAAAUGUAUUGUAAACAUAGUACAACUCAUCUGCAAAACUUACCGUAUUUAAGAUUUAUUAAAAAAUUAAAUGUUACUAUCACGUAUCAUCCUGCAUCCCAUGAACAUUCAAUUGAAGCCCCAUUUCUAAGUGAUCGAUAUAUGGAUGAUUAUUGUUAUUCUAAUUAUCCUACACCAUACUCUCUUCAACAAAAAUUAACUUUAGCUGAUAAAUACAAUAUGUCUGUCUUAUUCCAUGACUUUGGAGGAGCAUUAGAUUAUUUCUUUGAUGUUCUUUAA